AUGGCCUUUAAUACAGCUUUCGACACUGUCAUUCAUAGCCGCCUUAUCUCUGAAUUGGAUUCACUUGGUAUCGGUUAUCCUUUACUCUCAUGGCUCCAAUCUUAUUUAAGUCAAAGAAAGCAAUUCGUAAGAGUCCACGGCGUUGACCCUGACUUAUUUAUAACUCCCUUUUUGGUCCCCCAAGGAGGACAUCUCAGUCCUCUUCCGUUCAUCCUUUUCGUUAACUCAAUUAACAGGUACAUUUCUUCCUCUAAAGUUGUUCUAUUUGCCGAUGAUAUUAAAUUUUUUUCAGAAAUUACAUCUCCGUCUGAUUGUCUUCAACUUCAAUCAGAUCUCAAUACUUUCUCUCUCUGGGCCCAGCGCAUUGACCUAACGCUCAACCUCAACAAGUGUCAUGUUAUGUCAUUUCAUAGAAAACGAACUUGCAUAAUCCAUCCAUAUUAA